AUGAAAGCUCAUCCCUACUCUGAAAGCCCCAGAUACGUGUAUAAGAUGGUCCUACCUAACAUGCGUGUGUUCCUGGGGCAGCACUCUCUUCGCCUUGUGCUACUGACCGCCAUUGCUCUCAGUCCAGCAACUGUAGUAGCACUAACCCAAGAGGAUGUCUGCAAAAAGGAUGUCUAUCCUCCUCUGUGGCAUCAGGCUCCAGGAAGCAUAGAGGAUUUCCCAGUACAUGGCAACAGAAUCAUCAUCAGUGCCUGGAACUAUCUAGAGAGACUGGGAGUAUAUAAGAUCUUGCUCAACUAUUCAGCUAAAUAUUUCACCACAUCUGGAUCAAAUAACAUCCUAUGGGGCUUGCCUCUUCAGCUUGGCUGGCAAUAUCGUACAGGCAGGCUAGCAGAUCCUUCCAAUGUUACCACCUGCGGCCAUAGUGCUGGACAGCAUCUGUGCAUCUCUGUACGAAGCUGGUGGGCCUCUGUGAAUUACUAUCUGGGUAUUAUACCAUUUCUGGGUGCCAUGGAAGCUGGUUUCUUUGGACAGUUGCAACAUGAGAUAAAAAUAUUACCACCAGAAGAGCUAAGAGCAGACUUCUGCUACAGCACUGCCGACUGCCGUUCCCACAUUCCAAAAGUCAUGGAUGCAUGGAAGGCUUAUUUUGAGACAGCUAGCAGGAUAGAUUUGACAGCUAACGUUCUUUCAGACUUCCUGAAAAUCUAUAUCAAUGCACUUGAAAGUGUGCAAGAGAUUGCUCAAGUAAGACCAGGAAGACAAGGAUUGUAG